CGCAAAUAUUCACCGCAAGCUCCCUGAUCCGAUAUGCGAUCCGAUAUGCGACUGCUCGCGUGCCAUGCUGGUCGGCGGGACGUGGAAGAGGUUGACGCACCUAUUUUGGAGAGUAUGGUGUGGGCCACAGACGGUGUCGGUACUGGUGGCAGGUUAGCGGAGUCUGGAAAGCCCCUCGCUUGCAUGGCAGCUGGCUGACGGUGGAUGCGCUGUGCCACGCACUCGGGAUGCCUACCUGCUGCAGCCUGUCCAAACGGAAUAUCCCAGUAUACCAGUCGCAGCGCGGGGUCUCGGUGGGAGAGCAGUCAAAUGUCAAACCGCGCGAUUACAGAUCCACCGGGCGCCAAGAGCACACGCUGGCAGAAUGAGGUGGCUCCGGGGUUGCCAAAUCACCAAUACUCCGGCAAAUGGACCCCGCGUUUCGGAGAGUUCGCUUCUUGUACGUGGAAGAUGUGCGCCGAUGAUAUCAGAGAGGUAGUGGGAGGCUGCUGGGAGGGACUGGGUCUCUACGUUGACCUGCAUAGGAUUGGUAAUAUCUCCUGGCUUCACGUCGACAAUCCUACUCGCCACAUUUCACAUUUGUCUUCCCCUUUCCGAGGGCUCAGAUCUGUCGGGAAACCUCAAGAAUGCCCUCGAGCAGUACUGAAGCAUAUUCUUGCUCGCCUCCAUAGCUUGUGGAUACAUGAAAAGCAGUGCGACUUCCAGAAAGAUGCGAUCACACCCAUUGCGUCUCGAACAGUUUCGCCUCAUCCAGUCCACGGGCCGCUCAAGCCCCUAAGGGUUUUGCAGACCGCCGGAUCUGAGCCAGGCAUAUCACACAGAGUCACAUCGCGCAUGCGCGCGCAUGCGAGAGAUGUAAAGGAACUUGUACUGACCUCGUCGGGGUACAUAUGCAGUCACACAUCGUUCGCGAGCACGCCACUUUGCGCAAAGUAUCCAACAAAAGCUUACAUCGCGCCAAUUGACAUUCUAUAUCACUUUGAACACAUGCCUGACGUAGAAGUGCUUCUAAGACGUGUCUUGCCCAAGACUAUAUCAGCUCAGAGGACUUCAGUACCUUGAUAGUCUUGGCAGUCUACUUCAUCGUAAUGCUGAGCAACUCAUACUCCAUGCUAGCUUCGAAACUCUCCUGUAGCUAAUCCUUCUGAUACGAAGAUGAUGGUUCCGUCC